CUGCCGGGGCGUUCUCGCUUUGGUCUCAGGGAUUCCCCGCAGGUCACGCGGCGACCUGCGCUGGAGCCGGGGGGAAGGCAUGGGUUGGUCUCAGAAUUUGUUCCGUGUCUUGUGGAGAGCGCUGUCAAAGGAAGUGAAGGAGCAAGUGGGCACAGACCGGUUCGGGAACAAAUACUACUAUAUCCCAGAGUACAAGAACUGGAGAGGACAAACAAUUCGAGAGAAAAGAAUUGUAGAAUCAGCAAAUAAAAGAGAAAUAGACUAUGAAGUAGGGGAUAUCCCAACAGAAUGGGAAGCGUGGAUCAGAAAAACAAGAAAGACUCCACCUACUAUGGAGGAAAUAAUGAAGAAUGAAAAAUAUAAAGAAGAAAUUAAAAUGAAAACCAAAGACUUUUACGAAAAAGAAAAACUCCUCAGAGAAGAGAGCAACAAGGAACACUUGGCUCCACCAGUUCAAACUCAGAUUAAAGGGCAUGCCUCCGCUCCGGACUUUGGAAAAGAAGAAUCCUCGGUGGCUCCCACCAGCACUGGUAAAACCUUUCAGCCAGGAUCCUGGAUGCCACAAGAUGGCAAGAGCCACAAUCAAUGAAUGCACUGUGGUAAAAUCAUUUCAUUUAUAUAUGUAUGUGACUAUUUUAACAAGUAAAAGUAAAAAGUUACUUUGUAUUUUCUGACUGUACAAUAGUUCUCUAUUCCAGUAAGCUUAAGAACUUGUUUUUACUAUGCAUAAGAAGUGUGAGGUUAUGAACUAUAGAAACCUAACUUCUUUUAGACUUAAAUCCUUCACUUGAUUUAGUCAUCAUUCUGUUUAUGAAUUUGCUUAGUUUUUUUUCCUCUUUGAGUUGCUCCCUUGAGAAGUAUCUUGUAGCUGUAAAUGCUCAGUACAUUUUAGAUCCUUACGAUCAUUUAGAAACCACCCAAAGUGUAUCUUGGUAGAAAAUGAUAAGGGUAAAUAUUGAACUGUCCUAACUGAUCAAAUAUAAAAGGAGAAGACUGCUAUUUCUGUAGAGGCACUCUGUAAGAUUCUAAAGGACUAAUCAAAAACAUGAACUUGGAUAAAACACGUGGAGGCCAGGAUAAAGCACGUGGAGGCCAAGAAAAUUUAUUUGAUAAAUGAAAAAAACCCUAUGAUAUUGAUGAGUAGAUGGGACAAAAGCUAUUUUAUGGUGGGAUUGAGGAUGGAGUUUUAAAGAAGGAAUUAGGACCAAUGGAAGUAGACAAUCUAUCACAAAAGUUUGAAAAGAUGGUAAACAGAGAAAUGGUAAUCGUAGUUCUGUGAGAUUAAAAAUUACUUGGAAGAAAUAGAAAAUAGGGCAGAGUUCUCAGAACGUGAUUCCACUGAUAGUGGAGAUUACAGUGAUUUCUAUAUUGGAGAAAAUUAUAGACAGAUGACAACAUUAAAACAGAUUAUAUAUAAAAGUGUCAUACAUUUUCUGAAGUGCACAACCAAGUUUUUGUUGCUAACAGAGUUCUAAUUCUAAUAUAGAGGCCUUCUAACAGUGUUUGACAUUGUAGCAACUACUCAAUAAAUAUGGACUGAGAUUUUUACUUAAUAUUAGAAGGUAAAAUUUUUAAUUGCUUAGGAAAUAAACUACAGAAAAAUACAACUUUAUAAAAUGUUAUACUAAAACAAGUAAUCAAAUGUAAUCACCAUAAUACUUAUGAAAUGACAAAAAAAAGCCCCUAGGUGGUAAUAUUAACGUUCCAGCAGCCCUGUUAAUAUCAAGUUAAUCAUUCUGUCUCUUUACAUUAUUACAAAGUAGUAUUACAUUUUACCAAAGAGGCAAAAAAGGAACUAGCUAUUAGGCAAUAUAAAAAGAGAUAAAAUUUGUUGUAUAAUUGACUGUAAAGUAAGAUGUUCUUGAACCCCAGGUUACAGGAAAAACUGUAAAUUCUAACAUGCUAGAAUAGAAUGUUUCUACUACCAAAUUCCUAUCAUCAGCUUAUUAACUGUAUUCUAUAUACAUAUUUUACAAAAGCUUGUCGUGUAGGCUGUUUAUAAAUAUCUUAAUGUAUGACAGAAUUUAUGUUAAUUUUAAUUUUUAUGGUUUUCAUUUCAAAAUACCUGUUUUACAUAAAAGAAAAUCUUAGCCAACAGUUACGUUAUAUAAGAAGAUGAUACUGGCCCACCCAUUAUUAGUAAAGUAUGUACUUUCAAAGUGAUUUUGAGAGGUGGGAAUAAACUUUGUAGUAAUCCAUCCACACUCCUUUCCUCAAGAGUAACAUUUUUAGGAUGACUGGUUACACUGUUAGGUGGUAUCAGAACAGAGUUGAGAACAUUUAGUCCUACCUAAAAACUGAACUAUAAUCUUGGCCUAAUUAAGAUUGCCUUUCUAAACAAUCUUGUUUUUAUAUGUGGCUUUUAAGCCAGACACAUGUAAAGCAGAAUCAAAGUUUCACAUAAAAUAUUCACUUGUCCACCAUAUUUCAUAUUUUAAAUAGUUAUAUUUGGGGAAUUUACAAGUUGUUUUUUUUUUUAAUGAAAAUGUUUUUCUUCAUCUUUUCAAGACAGACUCCAAAACCCAUGCAGUUUUUUUAAUUUCAAAAGUUAAAAUGUUCAUUUUAAAAUAAUUAAAGUGGGGCUUCCCUGGUGGCGCAGUGGUUAAAAAUCUGCCUGCCAAUGCAAGGGACACGGGUUCGAGCCCUGGUCCGGGAAGAUCCCACAUGCUGCGGAGCAACUAAGCCCACGCACCACAACUACUGAGCCUGAGCCCUAGAGCCCGCGUGCCACAACUACUGAGCCCACGUGCCACACCUACUGAAGCCUGCGAGCCUAGAGCCCGUGCUCCGCAACAAGAGAAGCCACGACAAUAAGAAGCCCGCGCACCGCAACUAAGAGUAGCCCCCGCUCACCGAAACUAGAGAGCCCACGCACAGCAACAAAGACCCAACACAGCCAAAAAUAAAUUAAUUGAUUUAAAAAAAUAAUAAAGUGUCAUACAUACCUUAA